GGGGUUAAUAUUUUCGGUAUAAAAGUUAUCGGUGUGUCGAUCAUCAGCAUCAUAUCUUCAUCAACUCUUUUCUGAUCAACAUGAAGGUGUUCGUGGCACUUUGCCUUGUGGCAGGCACUUUUGCAAGUUUGGAGCCAGCAAAUUAUCAACCUCCUGCAACUCGUUACCUUCCUGCUAACAGGCAAAGUAGUGGAAGUUCUGAUUCCUUGAAUGAUUAUCGUGCAUUGCCUUCUCAGCAAAAUCCUGACACUCGCUAUCUUCCACCCUUCAAUUCCCAGCGGGAUAAUUUGAUUCAACCAGCUGCCAGAGAAUACUUAGCGCCUGUUAACGAUCGUACCACUUCUGCUCACUACAAACCCCGUCCGUCUUCCUAUUCAACUUACACGACUUCGGUUUCUUCUAAGAAUUCUUUUUCAUCUAGUUUGCCCUCCUCCUCAUCUGUUUAUCAACCAUCGUCUUCAGUUUCGAGUUUUCGACCCACAUUUUCCUCUGGACCUUCAGAUGAUUCCUUAAAAUAUCAGGCACUUCCUUUAGCUUCUUCUCCUUCUACUUCGUACUCUUCUCCUGCAACAUCUUAUUCUCCUACAGCAUCUCACUCUGCUCCAUCAUCUUAUUCUCCUGUAACAUCUUAUUCUGCUCCAGCAUCUUACACUCCUGCAGCAUCUUAUUCUGCUCCAUCAUCUUAUUCUUCUGCAGCAUCUCAAUCUGCUGCAUCAUACACUCCUGCAGCAUCUUACUCUGCUCCAUCAUCUUACACUCCUACAGCAUCUUAUUCCGCUCCAACAUCUUACUCUCCUGCUGCAUCUUACUCUGCUCCAUCAUACUCUUCUCCGAAUUCUUUCUCUUCUUCUACAUCUUCGUUCCCAUCCUCAAAAUCCUACAAUACACCAUCAACAGUCUACUCUUCAGCAUCCUCAAACACAAAAACCUCGUCCUCUUUUUCAUCUGUGCCAAAUUCGAUAAACUUUCCAUCUUCGUCCUACGGAGUUCCCUCAAUAGAAUUGAGCAAAAUGGCCAAGGAAAUUCCUAGCUCUGGAUAUUCGAAUGAAGAUGGUUAUCAAACUCGAGAAGAGUCGGAACCAAUAAAUUACAACUUUGAGUAUCAAGUAAAUGAUCACUAUGGAAACGAGUUCGGCCACAAAGAGGAGCAUCAAGAUGAAAAGUCGUAUGGAGUUUAUAGCGUCCUCUUGCCUGAUGGUCGCAAACAGAUCGUCGAAUAUUUAGCCGAUGCUGAUGGUUUCAAACCGAAAAUCUCCUACGAAAAGAGUGGAGAUAAAUUCAAGAAUACCAGAGACCAUGAAAAUGGACCCUACUAGAUACAAAAAUAUAUCAUAAAUUUUUAUUGAAAUGUAACAUCGUUAAUUUAUUUUUCUUUUGUAUCUUUUUCUUUAAUAAAAUAAGAAUAGAAAAUCUUA